AUGGCUAGCCAGCUCUCGCCCAGAAAAGGAGAGCAAGCCAAAGACGAACUCGAUCGCACAAUCCGCUCCCUGAGCACCGAUUUUCAACUUCAGCUGCACAUCCCAGACCUAACGCUGUCGCCCAGUAAGCGCCGGCAACAGCAUCGCAAUGGAGACCAAGAGCGGAGUGAACACAUCUACCUAUGCGCAUAUCGCCUCAAGUUCCAGGACCCCAACCGUCUCGCGAUAUGUCUGACUCGCUUCCGCGAGCAGGCCGACGAGCAUCUCAAGAAUUGGAUCCGGAAGCCCCGCGCUGACCCUGAUACGACCUCAAGCAAAUCCUUUGGCCCACACCGUCAAGGUACCCGCUUGACAUCUGAGGAGCGGGCCGAACUGCAGGACUUUCUGCUACAGUUGCUCAAAGACGACAAUAUCGCGAAUCGUCAGCGUUCCAAGUAUUCGAAGCGCAAGUCUGAUGAAUUCCCGGAUCCUAGCUCCAAGAGAUCUAGAAACUCUUUCGAGGGUUCUCCUGCGUGCGACAGCAUUGACAGUAUCCCAGUUCGCUCUAGAGCCGUUGUCUCUAGUAGCCGUCCAUCAGCGGGACGGCCCGCUAGAGGCGCAGGUACAUCGUCCUUCACCAAUGGCAUCGGCCAUUCGGCCACCACGUCAUUUGCGAGCACUCAACCAUCGUCGUUCGGUAUAAGGUCAUUUAAUUCCAGUAAAGUUUCACUGGCUCCGACUGUUUUCACAAAUGACUAUGCGCCGAGCACUCAAGCAACUACUGUGACGAAUACCUCUUUCAAAAGAUCUCAGCAUCCAUUUCAGGCCACUCACCCGUCCUUCGGUAGUAAUGCAACACCAUCGAGAGACAUUCAGGUUCCCUUUUCUCAAAGCAUUCAACAAUUUGCGUACAAGCCGCCAAGUGAGGAAAAUCGCAAUGAAAUUGAUCCACCGAAACCGCCUUCGUUCCGAAGGUAUGGGGACAGAACGCCCCCAGAACCUGUCAUUGAUCUCACUGAUGAUGAUGAGCCCGAGGAAGAGCCAAGGCUUCCAGUUCUGUCAAUGCCUCAACCGAUCCGAAGCCAGGUUGACCUCAAGAGAGCAGGCAUAAUUAGAUCCAGCAGUCCCGCGACAGCCUAUUCCAGCCUACCAGAAAUGAAUGAGUUUGAUACAAUGCUUCUCGAUGCUCCAAUGUUUAAUCAGGAACCGCCUGAAUGUCCGCUGACAGACCGUCUUCGAAACAUCUGGCCAAAGUUUCCCAUCCCCGGAUUGAAUCAGGCACCUCUCAUUAUCCUGUGGGAGCUUACCCGUGCUGCACUUCAUUGUCGCGUGGACUUGUCUACCUGGGACCUAGAAUAUCAGCCCAACGAUAGCUGGCAUGAUCAGACCAAGUUCCGAGGCCAGCUCUUCAGACAUCGACUCUUCGUGGGACAGGGCUUGCCUCCAGCUUGUGACCGUGCCGUCUGGGAUGCUGCGUUCGGAUCAUUCGCCUCGCAUGACAAAGCCGUUGUUCUUGCUGCAGAAUUCGUCUGUAAUACAGAAGAUACUGGGCAACUAUAUCGGCUAAAACUUCAGCCUCCGCGUCUUGAACUCGGGCAUCGACUGGCUCGGCGCUUUGGUGCAGAUCGUUUCCUGGAAGUCAUUAUGCCAUCACCUACUUCUAGAGAUGCUCCCGAUGUGAUCAAGAAUGACCCGCAAGGUGCGAACAAGGUCAUCAAAUGGUUGACUGAAAGCUUCCAUUACUUUGUAGGUCGAUCGUGGGCAGCUUUCUAUACUCGCGAGGCCAAGAAAUCCAUUAAGGAUCCGCGCCCUCCUCACAAGUCACUGACGAUCAUGCAAGAGCGCGUGUACUUCUUCGCAACUGACGGUAUCAACUUUCGUGUUCCCAUGAGUCAGUUUCCUCCCUUGGAAGAAGCGACCUCUCUAGGGCACCGCACUAAGAUGAGGCGCUGUGAUCUCUUGAACUGGGCUAUAAACAUUGAGCAGAACUCGUCGCAACCGGUGCCCAAGCUCUUUUCACGACUUGCUCUCAGCCUCAGUAAGACCGUUCCCACCAUCGUCAUUGAACCUCACCAAUUUCGACAUCGCGACACUAUGCUAGGCUUCCACAAGUACAUGACCAAGAAAGAGAAGAAAGAGCAAAAGGAUAUGGGUGACGGUAUCGGUCGAAUGUCUCGAAACCUUGCGCGAAGGAUAGCGACGCACAUGGGACUCUUGGAAACGCCGUGCGCGUUCCAGGCUCGUAUUGGCAGUGCGAAAGGGAUGUGGAUUGUCGACGUCGAAGAUGAUGGAUUAGACAAUGACGAUUGGAUCGAGACUUAUCCCUCACAGCGAAAAUGGAACUGCGACUUCGAAGACGUUCAUCAUCGGACAUUUGAAGUACGCGAGUGGUCCAGAGAGCUAAGGUCCGCAGCUCUCAAUACACAGUUCAUCCCGGUUCUUGAGGCACAGGCGCCUGUACCCCAGGACAUGCGCAAUGUCAUCGCCCGUCACCUAGCGAAUGGCCUUCAAGAGGAGAUCGGGGGUCAACUCGCUGCCAUGACCCAUCCGACCAAUCUUCGUGGUUUUACACAUCGCGGCUUUGACCGGGCGACAUUAGGUAACGUGCCCUUCCUGGGCGCCCUACCGGAACGAGAAGAAGACAUUAUCUCAUACAUGCUCGACGCUGGCUUCGACGCUACCAAGUGUCGGUUUCUGCGAGAUAUGGUAUGGAAUAACCAGAAGCGACAGGCCGAACAGCUCAAGGCGAAGAUGAAUAUAAAAAUCCCUCGGUCGACCUACGCAUUCAUGACCGUCGACUUCACCGGUACACUAGAAGAGGGUGAGGUACAGCUUGCGUUUUCCUCGAAAUUCCAAGCAGACGGAGAAUCAGAUACAUUACUCGAUGGCAUUGAUAUCCUAGUAGCUCGAGCUCCCGCUCACUUUGUCAGCGACAUACAGAAAGUCAAAGCUGUAUUCCGGCCGAACCUGAAAAGACUCAAAGAUGUUAUUGUCUUCUCGUCAAAGGGCAAGUCUCCACUGGCUGAUAUGCUCUCUGGUGGCGACUACGACGGCGAUUUGGCUUGGAUCUGCUGGGACCCCGAUGUUGUCAACAACUUCAAUAACGCGCCAAAGCCAGUCGAACCGGAUCUUGUCGGACAGGGAUACCUCCGAAAGUGCAAACCCGAGCUUCGAGUCCAUCCUAGAAGCAGCCACUGA